GCAAAAAUUUUGCUCAAAAAGCCCUAACCCAUGCCAUUUUCAUCCCGCUAGAAUAAGAUGAGAUUUAGCAUUUUUCUUCCUUCUCCUAGUAAGGAUUAGACAUUUAUGAGUUUAUGAUUCUUAAAAUUAUGAUAAAAACCCAAAUCUUGCUAUGGUAUCCUUCCAUUUUCUGGUCCAUGUUGGGUGUGAGGAGAGGCAACCAUUUUUCCAGCACUUCCGGUGAAAACUCUACUGCAAUUUCGGACCCUGCAGGCAGACUACACUGGCAGCCCGACCUUCUGUUAGUAUUUUGGUCAUAACUCUCUCUGUAAAUGUCGGAUUAAGGUAAUUAUUGAGGCUGUAGAACGUUAAGACAUAGGGUUACAAUUUAUCUGUUGAGCACUCAACCCAGAUCAGUCAAUUUCUAGGCGUAAAUUCUGUUGGAAGUUCUAGCAUGAAAUUUGACCAGAACUUGACAGAAAUUUGCUCUCUUUUCUAAUCUAUUCCCACUUUAUCUGCUGCUACAUUGCAUCAUAGUUUUAAUAAAAUUUUAGCUGCUAUUUUUCUACUCUAAAACCCUUUUUUAUUGCUUUACUUUAGCUGCCCUUUUUGCUACUUAAAUGCUGUUCAUUUUUGCUCAGUUCUAGCUUGCGUUCUACCUUGUUUUGUUGCUGUCUUUUUGCCCAAAAAUCCCUGCUGUUCAAGGCUUGUUCCAAGCAUUUUGGGACUGCUUUAAAUGGCAGAAACCCCCACCCUAUUGCCCAAAGUUUCUAUUGUGUCUAAAACGGUUUUGAACUCAGUUUCUCACACUUUUUCUAGUUUGUUUUGUUUAGCAAAUCUACUUGGUAAAUCUGUCAUAUGUAGGGUCUUUUUGGAGCUAUUUUAAAAGGAUAGAGGUGAUCAGGAUGCAUAGGGAGAAGUUGUUUCUUUGGUUAAGAAACUUGAUAUUGGAAUUAGAAAUUAGUUUAGUUAAAUGGGGUAUUUUGUAAUCUUGUUUGUUCUUUGAUGUGGUUUAGGUUCUAAAUCACCUCAAGCACCUUGACUUAUUGAAUUCUUUGCUUGUCAUAUACCCACAAGGUGAGGUAAGUAAAAUUUUGGUAAUGCCCCUGAAUUUUAAGGUAAAGGUUUUUUUUUUUUUAAAGUAUAUUUUAAACUAUUUUGAAAUGGUGGCGAAACUAAACUUGUUUUACUCAAACAUAAGCAUGAUUGGCUAAAUAAAGUUGUUAUCAUUUAUUGAUUUGAGCAUACCUACUUGGAGUUUACUGAAUUAUUCUGAUAACCUGAAAGUUGAUUUGUAAGUUAUGGAUUUUCCUGUAACUCCUGCAUGUUUUAGUCUCUAAUAUGGUCAUGAAUUCCAUUCUCCUAACAAUGGGAGUUAAAUGAUGGCACAUGUCAACAUGUAUUUCUGUAAAGCCGGUUCAUCCAGCCAGUGAGAGAGUACAUUGGUAUUUCUAUUGUCCAGCCAAUUGGGAAAGUACACUGACCAUGACUAAUUAAGGGGACCACUAAAUAAAAUUUCAAUAUGCAUAAAUUAUUUAUAACUGAGAUUUUCUUCCCAUUUACAUUUUAAAUGUUUCUCGGCAUGCUUUAAAAAUUUCAAUAAGGGUUAUCCAUAUCUUUACUUAUUAAGUUAUCUCACAUAGUUUUUUCUUAUCCACCAUUUCAGGUAGUGUGACCCGAGACGUGGGAAACCAAGGGGAGUGACGAGCUAAAAGGUUAGCCAUUGUAUUUUGGACAUAGAUUUUGAGUUGUAGAUUAUUCUUUGUAAGCUAGAUUUUAUUUUGAAAUAUUGAUCUAAGUUUAUGUGGACUAUUAGUAAUGAAUUUAGCAAAUUCGAAGUCUUGUGCAUUUGUGGGAUCCUCUCACAAUUGCAUGGCGUUU